CCGGAAUACAUCAACAAAUCUCUCGAAAUGAUUAGCAUUUACAGCGGACUAUAAUGUACUCUGUGGUUUAUGUGAUUGUACACUUGUUAUUUCUGAAUACAGUUAUAUCACUACAUUAUAAGCAUACGACAUAUGUGAGGCAACUGAAUACGCCAUCAACAUCACAGCACGCCCCAGGGGCGUCCAACGAAGUGGAGAAAGUGGAAAAAUGUGGAGAGAUAUGCCACUUUUCACCUACUUGCGCUCUGUUCUUCUUUAAUGGAACCCAUUGCGUGACUUACAGUGAGACUAUGCAGUUUGAUGGAGGAGGAGCUGAAAGCUUGACGUAUUUUACCCAAGCCACCAGUGUGUUUCAUUCCGAUAUUGCUGGUCAAAUGAAGUCUGAAUGCACGUCAAAUGGAUACAUCUACGAUCCCCUAGUUCCACUGUGUUACAAAGUCAAUACUAUUGCCUUAACAAAGUCUGCCGCUGAGACAUCCUGCCACCAAAACAAUGGUCAUUUGCUGAGAAUAAACACAUACAGGAAACAGCUCUUGGUAGAAUCCUUGAACUUGCAAUCAACAGGCUCUGUCUCGAAAUAUCGAAUUGAUGGUGAAAGACAAGCCGAUAGCACCUGGACCUUUUCUGACGGACGAGAAAUAGCCAUUUUUUACUGGUACCCCGGGGAACCGAGAAGAAAUUUCAAAUCGAUCGCUUUGCGAACAUCAUAUGAAGGAAAGUGGGACGAUGUAUUAGAAUCCAAUGCACACGGAUUCAUUUGUGAAUGGACCCCUUCUAUCUUAUAACAACUUCUUAAAAGAGGGAUUUCUGAAAAUGAAUCGAACCUGAGGAUGAUUAUGAAAAUAUGAACAAAUGCGAAUCUAGUGAAUUCCGAUUCCGCACGAAAAUAUUAAUUGGUUAUCGAUUAUAGUUAUAGAGAUAUAGUUUUACCCACACAUUAUCUACGACGUUCAGCUGCUAAAUAUUGGAUAUUUUCAUUACCAUUAACUUAAGUGGGAAGAUACAUAUUAUUGUGCGAGAUAGAUAUCUAAAUUGUGUACAACGAAUAUACUGUACAUGUACAUGAAUUAAGAAGUUUCUGACUUACGUAUGGAAAAAGUUUUAUGAGUGUAUUAUUGAAAUUCUUUACGAUUUAUAUUUCAAACAAUUAGCAAAACGUGAAAAAGUGGGAAAUUGCUGUUUUAAAACACAUGUGCAUGCAUGAUUUGUGUGUGUGUGUUUCAAAGUUUAUUUCCAUAUGAAUAUAUACACUAUUAUACAUGUAUGUAAAUAUAUGAUGACAAAACAUUAGAAUAUAUUAUUGAUGUCAAACAUAAAUAUAUGGCAAACAUAUCUAGAUUUUUGAUUUAAUACCACAUAAAUAUCUUGGCCUAUAUAUAUAUAUAUAUAUAUAUAUAUAUAUAUAUAUAUAUAUAAUGAUUUUGACUUUGACUGCGGAUAACUCCGUUUACCUGAUCAGGAUAUAGGGCUCACGGCGGGUGUGACUGGUCAACAGGGGGUGCUUACUCCUCCUAGGCACCUGAUCCCACCUCUGGUGUGUACAGGGGUCCGUGUUUGCCCAACUAUUUAUUUGUAUUGCUUAUAGUAGUUAUGAUAUUGAUCACUGUUCGUUAU